AUGCCUCCCGUCGUGAACGCUGAGGAUGACAGCAAGAAGAAGAAUGGCGGUGCCACAGCUACUGCGCACCCGACUGCCAAUGGUGACGACGACAGCGAUGAUGACACCCCACUGACAAAGCUCAUGGCCAAGAAGCCCGAGGUCAAGGAAGAGCCGAUGACGCAGCAGAGCGACGCCAGCGACAAGUCCUCUGCAUCUGACAGUGGCAACGGGGACAGCAGCAUCAGCCACCCCAACGCCAACGACGAUGGCGACGACGACGACGACGACGACGACGUUCCUCUGGCGAAGAUGGCCAAGACUAUCGCCAACAAGCCAAAGGAAGAAGCCACAGCAUCCGCGCCAGCCACGAGUGGCACAGACGCCAACGACGACGAUGACGACGAUGACGAUGACGUGCCGUUGCAGCAGCUCGCCAACAAGACGACGCCCAAGGCCUCUCCGAAGAAGAAGUCCCCGGCCAAGCGCACCACCUCAAAGGCCAAAACAAAAACAGAAGACGAUGAUGAGGACUACAGCCCAGCGAAGAAACGGGCGAAAGCGAGUGGCGGGGGAACUGUGAAGAAGAACAAGCAGCAGAAGGCAACGCCGGCCAAGCGUGGGAAGAAAACACCAAAGACAGAACCAAAGGCAGAGGCGAAGGACGACAAGAAAGGCGGGAAGCGCGCCAAGAAGCCGAAGAAGGAAGAGGAGGUUCCUGUCUACCGCUGGUGGGAGGAUGAGGUGCUGCCUGAGGGCCAGUACUGGCGCACGCUCGAGCACCGCGGCCCCAUGUUCGCCCCGCCGUACCAGCCCCUCCCAAAGGACGUCUACCUCCUCUACGACGGCAAACCGUACCAUUUCGAGCCAGCGGCGGAGGAAGUUGCCACCUUCUAUGCUGCCAUGCUCGAGCGGGAUUACGUCAAGAAACCCGUCUUCAACAAAAACUUUUUCGCAGACUGGAAAACGACGAUGACGGCGCAGGAGAAGAAGGACAUCAAGGACCUGAAGAAGUGCGACUUCAGCCUCAUCCACCGCUUCCUCAAGCAGCGCGCCGAGGAGCGCAAGGGCGCCUCGAAGGAGGAGAAGCAGAAACGCAAAGAGGAGAACGACAAGAUCAAGCAAGAAUACGGCUUUGCCAUCAUCGAUGGAAGGAGGGCGCCCGUUGGCAACUUCAAGAUUGAGCCACCGGGCCUGUUCCAGGGCCGCGGCGAGCACCCGAAGAUGGGCAAACUCAAGCGCAGGGUGCUGCCGGAGCAGGUGAUUAUCAACAUUGGCAAGGAGGCAAAGGUGCCCGAACCGCCAGCAGGACACAGGUGGAAGGAGGUCAGGCACGACAACAAGGUGUCGUGGCUGGCGGCGUGGGUGGAGAACAUUCAGAAGAGCAACAAGUACGUCAUGCUCGCCCCAGAUUCCCACAUUAAGGGGCGGACGGACUGGAAGAAGUACGAGCUGGCGCGGAGUCUGCACAAGUGCGUACAGAAGAUCAGGGAUGACUACACAAAGGGCCUCAAGAGCAAACUGAUGUUUGAGCGGCAGCGGUCGACGGCGCUGUACUUUAUUGACAAGCUCGCGCUGCGUGCUGGCGGCGAGAAGGACGCCGACGAGUCGGCAGACACCGUUGGCUGCUGCUCGCUGCGCGUGGAGCAUGUUACUCCGCUGCCAGAUGACGAGCUUGAAUUUGACUUUCUCGGUAAAGACUCUAUCCGAUACUACAACAAGGUGAAAGUUGACCACCGCGUGUGGAAGAACAUUGGGCACUUCAAGAAGGGAAAAUCAGAGGGCGAUGACCUCUUUGACCGCCUCUCGACGUCACUGUUGAACGAGUACCUGAAAGAGCUCAUGCCUGGUCUCUCUGCAAAGGUGUUCCGCACGUACAACGCGUCGAUCACGCUGCAGGACCAGCUCAAGUCGACGCCCGUGGACGGCAGCAUCGAGGAGAAGAUGCUUGCCUACCAGCGCGCAAACAGACAGGUCGCCAUCCUCUGUAACCAUCAGCGCGCUGCGCCGAAGACGCACGACAAGCAGAUGGAGCGAAUGGACGAGGCGAUCCAGAAGAUCAAGGACGACAUUGCAAAGACAAAGAAGGAGAGGAAGGCCCUCAAGGCGGAGGUGCGUACGCACACACAAUCACACACUGGUUGCUGCAUUGAAGGGAUGAAGCGGAAACUAGAGCGAUUGGAGCUGCGACUGAAGAAGAAGGAAAUUGCAAAGAUUGACAAGGAGGAGAACAAGACAAUUGCGCUGAGCACGUCCAAGCUCAACUAUCUCGACCCGCGCAUCAGCGUCGCCUGGUGCAAGAAGCACGACGUCCCCAUUGAGAAGGUGUACAACCCGACGCAGCGGAGAAAGUUCCGAUGGGCGAUCGAAAUGGUGGACAAGGACUUUGUGUUCUGA